GGCAUUGACACAUGCAUUUCUUGGAGAAAUUUGAGAAAAAUGUCGUCAAAGUCGGACUCAAGAAAACAUCGAAGCCACGAUGAUUACGAUAGACAUCGUAACAAUAGACCAAGAUCUCGCAGUAGAAGUCCGGAAAUUAGAAACAGAAAAAAGGAUGGUAAAUCCCAUCGCUCUGAAAAAUCGAGUGGUUCUCACAGAAGACCAGAGAGAGAGGAAGAUGUCUGGAGAAAACCAGAAAGAAAAGGAGACAACCACCGAAGAGCAGACAGAGAAGAGCCGAUAGUGAGGAAAAUCAAGUCUGAACCAGCUGAUAAAGGCUAUAGAAAAUAUGAGUUUCCUGAGAGAAGGGAGAAAGAAAAGGAAUCAAGAAGUCGAUGGGACGAUGAUGAUAAGGUAGAGAACACAAGACAGGGUGGUGAUAGGAGAGGUAGUAGGCAGGAAGUACCGCAGAUCAGAAUUAAACAAGAACGUGAGCACAAUGAUGAGCGGAGGAGAGAACAUAGGCAGCAGGUCGGGGAUGCAAAUCCGUUCCAAACAACUGAUCAGAAUGCAGGAGAAAAUGCUCCUCCUGCACCAAAGGAAGAACCCAAUUUUGGGCUGUCGGGAGCCCUUACUGAAGACACUAAUACAUUCCGUGGGAUAGUGAUCAAGUACAAUGAGCCUCCGGAGGCUCGAAAGCCAAAGCUGCGAUGGCGGCUUUAUGUGUUUAAGGGAGACCAAGAGUUGCCCACAUUGUACAUCCAUCGACAGAGUGCCUACCUUCUGGGUCGAGAGAGGUUGAUAGCGGAUCUGCCCAUCGAUCAUCCCUCGUGUUCCAAGCAGCAUGCAGCCAUCCAAUACAGGCUCGUCGAGUACGAGAAGAAUGAUGGCACGAUGGGCAAGAGAGUUAGACCUUACAUCAUUGACCUAGAAUCAGCCAAUGGCACAUUUCUGAACAACAAGCAGAUAGAGCCAAAGAGGUACUAUGAGAUGAAGGAAAAAGAUGUGCUCAAGUUUGGAUUUAGUUCAAGAGAAUACGUUGUCCUUCAUGAUAAAACAACCGCAGGGGACAUUGAAGAUGAAGGAGAAAUUUGACAGGAUAUGAAUACA